AUGUGCUGUCUGUCCUGUGCAGGAGGCUGUGCACAGGGGGAGGAGGUGGAGGAGGAUGCAGGUCUGUCCAGAGGGACCGGCGUCUGCAAGUGGUUCAACGUUCGGAUGGGCUUCGGCUUCCUGUCCAUGAGCAGCCAGGAUGGAGUUCCUCUACAGCAACCACUGGAUGUGUUUGUCCACCAGAGCAAACUGCACAUGGAGGGCUUCCGCAGUCUCAGAGAAGGCGAAGCGGUGGAGUUCACCUUCAGGAAGUCGUCCAAAGGGCUGGAGUCCAUACGGGUUACUGGACCAAAUGGAGCACCAUGUUUGGGUAGUGAAAGAAGACCAAAGAGUGCCCAGAAACGACGCUCCAAGAGUAACAAAUGCUACAACUGUGGGGAACCCAGCCAUCAUGCCAAAGAGUGUCAGCUGCCCCCUCAGCCCAAAAAGUGCCACUUCUGUCAGAGUAUUUUCCACCUGGUGGCCAGCUGUCCAGUCAAAGCGCAGCAUCAGCAACAACAAUCUCUGACCGCUCAGGAAAUCCCAGCCUUGGCAAGAGGUGAGGAGGCGGAGCAAAUCCAGGCCACUCUGUCUGAACACCUGGAGUAA